AUGGCUUCCCGCUUGGUCCUCUACUCCCUUGCCGCGCUGGCUGCCGCGAACCCCAUCUACCAUCCAGGUAGCGACGACCGUCUGGCCCGCCGACACAUCGGGGGCGUCGGACACCUCGCCCGCGCCGUCCUGUCUCCCCAGCAAGCCCGCAACGUCCACGUCGAUGGCCCGGCCCGUGUCGAGGUCCGAUACGCCAGGGACGACGAUGAUGACAAGGACGACGUUGACGACAAGGACGACGUCGACGACAAGGAUGACGUGAACGACAAGGACGACUGCAACGACCUGGACGACAAGAACGACCCGGAGUGCGCCAACGCUCCCGGGACCGGCGCCGGAGGCGGCGUCGGAGCCAACGCUGAGAAGCCCAAGGACGGGUCCACGGACAAGUCCAAGGACAAGUCCAAGGAUAAGUCCAAGGAUAAGUCCAAGGAUAAGUCCAAGGACAAGAACAAGGACAAGAACAAGGAGAAGGAGACUGGCUCCGGCUCCGGCUCCGGCUCCGGCUCUGGCUCCGACAAGAAGAAGGAGAAGGAGACUGGCUCUGGCUCUGGAUCCGGCUCCGGCUCUGGCUCUGGCUCUGGCUCCGACAAGAAGAAGGAGAAGGAGACUGGCUCUGGCUCCGGCUCCGGCUCCGGCUCUGGCUCCGGCUCUGGCUCCGGCUCUGGCUCCGGCUCUGGCUCCGGCUCUGGCUCCGGCUCUGGCUCCGGCUCUGGCUCCGGCUCUGGCUCCGACUAUGAGCCCGGCUCCGGCUCCGGCUCUGGCUCUGGUGGCUCUGGUGGCGGCAGCUCUGGAGGCGGUAGCUCCGGCGGCGGCAACGGCACGGUUCCCAUUGGCGGCGGCGGCUCCGGCUCCGGCGGCUCCGGCGGCUCUGGCGGCGGCCUUCAGAAGACUUUCCCUACCCCCGCCGGCACCGAGAACCUCGCCGAGGCCAUGGCCGUUACUGGCACCUUCGACGGCGGCAUGAAGCUCUACGACCGCGUUCCCAGCACCUGCACCGGCGGCGAGGGCGGCCAGAAGGAUGCGGCUUUCAUUCUCGCUGACGGCGCCACUCUCAGCAACGUCAUCAUCGGAGGCGGUGCCGGCGAGGGUGUCCAGUGCGAGGGCAGCUGCAACUUGGUCAACGUCUGGUGGGACAAGGUCUGCGAGGACGGCGCCACCUUCCGCCAGACGGGCGGCACCUCCACGGUCAAGGGCGGCGGCGCGCGCGACGCCUCGGACAAGCUCUUCCAGCACAACGGCGGCGGCACCCUCGAGGUCUCCGACUUCUACGGCAGCAACAUCGGACAGUUCUGGCGCUCGUGCGGCAACUGCAAGUCCCAGGUCGCCCGCACCGCCAUCUUCAACAACAUCUAUGUCGACGGCGGCAAGACCAUCGCCCACUACAACGGCAACCUCGGCGACAAGGUCACCAUCAACGGCGCCUGCGUGCUCGGCGGCGCCACCGUCUGCAAGAACUCCAAGGGCGUCACCGGCGGCGGCGAGCCCGGCAGCGCCGAGAACGACCCCACGCUCUGUGUGGAGACCGGUGUCCAGACUUCUGGCUGCUAA